AUGAAUAUAGGGACUGAGAAAGCGACUUUGUUUUAUACUAUGUAGUGAAGAGUGAAGUAUAGAAAUUUAAUCAAGUAUAAUUUUUAAAUUGUGUAAUCAACUAUAGAAAUUUGACAUAUUGUGGUAACCUGACUUGCAGUCGUGUGUACAUGAACUUUGCAAAAACAUUAACUUUAAAUUUUAGCAUUGAAAUUUCUCUAGCUGAUGGUGAACGAAGUCAUGUAAAUAUUUUAUUUUCAGGUGAGCAAAUCCAACCAAACCAAACACUUUUCAUAAACCCACAAAAUCCACCUCCAUGGGCACAGAACAGGCAAAUACAAAAUCAAGUGUUAUACGUCCAGCAAAUGCCUAACAACAUUAUAUCGAGUGUCCCACAGCAUAUAGACCAAAACCAGUUCUACUUGCAACAGUAUCAAAAUUAUCAACAAGUCAUACCCCAGCAAAUUUUGGCCCAAAAUCAAGAACAAAGACACAUGCAGAUACAAAAUAUUAUGCCGCAAAAUAUGGUACAAAAUUUACAAGCAAAUAUUGGUGGUAAUAUGCCAAACUUGCCCGAUAGAAUACCACAAACAUUCGGAGCAAUACCAAAUGUUGGUCAAACAAUGCAGCUGACAACACAAACGCAAUCGAAUAUACCUACCAGUAACGUAAAUAGGAGUGAGACAAAUAUUCAAAUAGUCCAACAGCCACAACAAAGUCAAAGACAAGAAGUAAGGCCAGUUUUUAUGAACAUCAAUCAACCUAAUCAGCAACAAAUGAGACCACCACCUCAAAUACUAACUGUAAACCCGAUACAGAAUGUUCCACAGCCCAGUACAAAUUAUCAAGCCAUGCCAUUAAACAGUAUUCCUCGUUCAAUACAAACGCAUAGUGUUGGUUCACAAAUGUCUCCGCCAACAUUUGCAACUUCACAACCAAGAAUAAGAAAGGUGGCUCCUACUACUUUAAAUAAAUUUACAAGCACCAAUAUUGGUGCAAGAGGUAUGAGCCAAACUUACAGACCAAUACAACCACGACCUCAGCAACUUCGUAACAGCGCACCUAGUUAUACAAACUCAAUAGAAGUACCAGUACAGCCUAAUAAGCCAAUGCAAAAUGGACCAAAUAUUAUUAAUAUAAAUUCUACUUUACCAAGCAUGCCAAAUUUACAAGCUAAUAUCCCAAACUCGUCUAUAACUCUUAUUAGACCAGAAGAUCAAACAAACUUCAAAAAAAGAAAGAGUGAAUCACCCGAUGAAAUUCACAGAAAAAUGGCUGCCAUUCAAGUAAAUAUUACAACACCCAUGAAACCUGUUACUAUUCCACAAAGGAAUCUAGAAUAUACACCCAACGUAAACAAUAUGCAGAAAGUUGACCAGAAACCAAACAUAACUAUUAUUCCUCAACCCAUCUUACCUAGUAAUACUGAAACUCAAGCAGUGGAAAUAAAAGAGAUUAGUAAGUUAGUUGAAAAUGUCCAGCAAGCUAUACAAAUUGAUAAAUGUAACGCCAAAACUAAUCCAGAUACAAAAGAUUCACUAAUUACUGAAAAAGAUAAAUUAGUGAGAAAUACAGUAUUUACACAAGCCCGUGGUAGAGUUCUUACAGAUAAAGAAAAUGCAAAUAUAUUGAAAGAUACAAAGAAUAUUUUAAAGAUUGAACCUGAAAGUAAAGUUUCUUUUGAAAUAAAACAAGAAAACAUAGAAGCGCCUGUAAAAUCAAGUACAGAAGAAAUUAAAGUUGACCACAAAGUUGAGAAUGAUACUAGUAUCACUCUCAAAACUCCAAACAAUAAAGGGAUGCUCCCAGUCGAUAGGUCUACUAAACAGGAAAGAGAUUUCGUACUGACACACGUGCUCGAUGGAAUAGUCAUCCAAGAAUCUAAUGUAGCGUUUCCUAUCAGAGAUCCGGCAAUACGAAGAACUACUAAACCAACGCCACAAGAUUGCAAAACUAAAAUUGACCCAGAAGAUGAAACAAGAAAAAAUCAAACCAAUAUAGGAGAAGAUAAAAAGACUGUUAGUGAAAUUAAAGAUAUGCCAAUAUUAAAUGAACUUGAGACUAAACCAGAACAAAAGACUGAUUCGGAUAAUAAUGUUGCGCCAGCGCCACUAGUAAAAACUGAAGAAGGCAUUACCAGUCAUGAAAAAUCAGAUGAACCAGGUUAGAUACUAUCUAUUUAGCUUAACAUUUUGUUUGAAUUUAUUGUUACUUGUCAAAGUUAUAAUAACUUAUAAAAAAGAAGCACAUGAUAACAUGUUAUUAAAAAUAAAAUAAAAAAAUAACACAUUGGUAUUUUGAAUUUCAGAUAACCCAUUCAUGGACUUGCAGCAAGCCUUAGUUAAAUCUUGGACGAUCGAACAACUGUCAUCGCAUCUAACUAAAUUCAAGUGGAACGAAACAGCAGCAUUGGUAAUGGAGCAUGAAAUAGAUGGAGAGUCAAUUUUCCUGGUGUCAAAGACGUUACUUCUCAAUAUAGGCGUUAAAGAAAACCAUGCUAAUACAAUCUGUGCUUUUAUUAACAGUUAACAAUAGCAUUUUAUUAGCACGUGAACAACGAAAAAAGUCGAUUUAUAUUCUUUUGGACUGUAUAUUGUGGAUAUUUUUUCGGGAAGUUUAAAAUUAUUUAAUUCCUUACUUAUUCUUCUGAUUAACAGUUUCGAAAUCACAUAAGCGUUUGAGGCCUUUGAAAUUGUCUACUUUGUACUUAUAUUUAUAUAUUUAAAAAUCAGCAUUUUCAUAUGUAAAUACUGUAUAAAUUACUUUAAGGCAUAUUAAGGGUAAUGACUGAAAGAAAUAAAUGUUAAUUUUGAAUUUAUGGUCUUUUUAACUAAUCCACAAAACUUUACACACCUUCAUAUAUUAUAAAUGUAUGUCAUAUUUUAUCUCCUUCGUAUUAAAGAUACAAAAAAUAACUAACUUUUU